AUGCAAUAUAAAAUCACUUCAGAAAUCAAUAUGAAAGAACAAAAUACAAAUCCAACCUAAUUUUUAAGUGCAAGAACUAUUAGACCCUCUCUUUUUUUAAAUGAAGCUGACUUCCAUCUUCCAUUAAUAUCUCCAUAGAAAAGAUAAGAUACUGAUUAUUAAUUAAUAAUAUAAUCUCUACCCAAGAGCCAAGCUGUAAGUCCUGUCUUUAGAAAAACUUAAACUGAAUAAGAUGCAGAGGAUAAUUUUUUAUUUGUAAAAAACACUGUCAGAAAACUAAAAAAAUAAAAACUAUUUAUAAAAGAUCCUCAUCAAUCUCAAUAAUUCUAGCCUUAAAUUGAAGUUCAUUAAGAAAAAAUUGUUAAUUAUUCUACACCUAAGAAUAAAUUUUCCACUUUAAAUAGUAUACAAAUAGAAUCUUAAGGAUUGCACUCUCCUUUUGCAAAAUUAGGCGCUCUUGUUGUAAAUUAAGAAUAUCCAACCCAACUGGUAGAUUAUAGAAUUCCAAAAGAAAUUGAUCAACCAAUACAAAAUCAUUAACCACUUCCUGAAUAUACAAACAAAUCAAAUAAUUUACAUUAACCACCACAUCAUAAAAAAGCAGUCUCAUUUCGUAAUUCAAUAUUUGUGAUUGAUAUUAAUAAUGGAUAAGUUAGUAAAGAUUAAUUAUCAGAAAAUGUUAAACCACUUUAGCACAUAUAAAAAUCAGAAAUUAAAGAGGAAGAGCAUGAUGAUAUCAAAAAACAAAUAUUUCGAAGAACCAAAAAUUUUCAUUUGAGUGAUAAGUUAGUAUGA